AUGGGAUUCUGUCAACGUUGUGGCGAAAUUACUGCUGGGAAAUGCAGUAAAUGCGGCGGAAGAUCAGUUCAAUCGACCAUUAGCAGCCUCGUUUCGGAAGGGGGAGUAUCGGUCAUUGAUCGAUGGCAAUCGCAAUACGCAGGCACCAUAUUAUCGCCCGAGGAAGUUGUACCCAAAUCACCAACUGCCAAACGAAUUCCUGUUACGCAGUCUGCAUUCUAUGAUCCAAUUAGUAAACUAUGUACCUGCUGUAGCCGUGUGCUGGAUUACAAACAAGUCAUACAAGAAGAAAGCCUUUUUUAUUGCAAGGAAUGUCAUUUGAAACUGUUCAGCAAAGGCGCCUGCCCCACAUGCCAUAAGGCUGUCUCCAACAAUCAAAGCUAUAUUGAAUAUGCCAAGCAAUGCUGGCAUACAGAGUGCUUUGUUUGUUUCCAAUGUAGAAAACAGCUUGACGUCAAUCCACUAGUUGACUUGCAAAACCGUCCUUGUUGUGAACCCUGCUUCAUGUCUCAAGCCGGUCGUGGUAGAAGAGGCCGCAAUAGCUGUCCCUCGAUCGACAAGUCAAUUCGCACUCGCCUUGAAGACUUGUCCCUGAUACCACCGCCUUUGUCAAGAACGCCCUCUCCUACAGACACAAAAGAAGACGAAGAAGAGCCUAAAGAAAUACCCAGAAAUCAUCGACUUACCUCCAUGUUUAUACCACCUGCUUCGUCGCAAUCCACACCUAUACCCAAAAAGUCUUCACUAUCGCAAAGACCUUGCCACCAUUGCCAUGAGCCAUUAGGAGAUGCCACACGCAAGAAGAUCAAGAUUGCGAUUGGGCCACAACAGUACGCAUGGUUUCACAAAUCUUGUUUUCUGUGUAGUAGAUGUCAUUUACCAUUCAAGGAUGGCGAAUGUGCUACUGAUGGCAAAACGUUCUAUCACUCACAUUGUGACAGACACUGCUAUGGCUGUGAUCAGCCCAUCAAGCAAGACUCGUUCAAGUUCAACAACAAGGCGUACCACUUUGACUGCUUCAAAUGCCAUGCGAACGGCUGCAAGAUCAACCUAGGGGAUCCUGUAUUUGAGAUCAACGACAAGCCCUUCUGCCAUGCCUGCCAUGCCUUCACCCUGAUGCCUCGAAAAAAGAUGCUCAAGCUGGGUGGAUCAAAGACCUGUCCCCGAUGCCAAUGCAGCAUCUCCAUCAUGGACGAUACCCCGGGCCCUUUGGCCACUCGAUGGCAUAAAAAGUGUCUCUGCUGCAUCAAAUGCCAUAAACAGCUGGAUUCAGCAGCUAAAAUGCGACAAGACGAGCAAGGAUUUUCGUUUGUCUUUUGUACAAAUUGUGCUUGA